GCACUGGCGAGAAGGCGCUGACUGUAAAAAUGGCAACUUUUGGAAAAGGAAUCUUGAUGUUUAGGGCUAUUGCGAAAGCUCAGUCCAGUCGUUCCUCAUCCGUUUUGCAAGCAUCAGUACGAUGGCUUGUCCACAAAAAUGGAUUUGCAACAAGUAGCACCAGACAAGCAAUGGUGACGAUAUCAAAGGAUGAUCAAACAGGUGUAGCGACCUUGACACUUGAUAAGAAGCCUGUGAAUGCCCUUAGCUUAGAGCUCAUGACAGAGAUGAAUAUUGCUUAUGAUAAAUUAGAGGCUGACAACUCAGUCAGAGGAAUGAUCCUAACUUCGGCAAUUCCAAACUUCUUCACCGGAGGUUUAGAUAUUACAGAAAUGUAUCAACCCAAGCGAGAAAGGCUCAGGGAAUUCUUGAGAGUCUUUCAAGGCAUCUGGGUGAAAUUGUAUGGUAGCAGAUUGAUCACUAUGGCAGCUCUAACAGGUCAUUGUCCUGCUGCUGGUUGUAUAUUUGCCAUGUGUUCAGACUUCAGUGUGAUGGCUAAAGGAAAAUAUGUGACAGGUCUGAAUGAAACUCGAUUGGGCAUUGUGGCUCCUUUUUGGCUUGUCGAUUCCCUGGUCAACACAGUUGGAACACAUGCUGCUGACCGGGCACUCCAAUUUGGUGAGCUGUACAAUGCGGACCAAGCGUUCAAGAUUGGAAUGGUUGAUGGAGCUGCUGAGAUGGAUCAGGUGUUACCAAUGGUGCAGGCGGAGAUGGCAGAAUGGCUAAAGAUACCAGAUGCAGCAAGGCAGAUCAGUAAGAUGGCCAUACGAAAAGAAACGCUCCAAAAAUUUAUGUCAAAACGUGAUCAGGAACUGGAAGAACUGACAAAAUUUCUUAUGAAAGACUCAAUUCAGAAAAAUAUAGGGAAAUAUCUUGAGAAUUUGAAGAAGAAGAAGACAUAAAAGGGAAAGUUUUUAACAGAAGUUGUGCAUGUUGAAUGCUGUGGUGUGAAUUUCAUUGGCCUAUGGACUGCAUGUCAAUGUAGAUGUCGAUGUAGUUUAUUAUUAUAUUUUAUUGGCCUACAUGUAUAUCAUCUAUUGUUUGUUUUCUGUAUAUUUGCAUCUAUAGGACCUUUGG